AUGCCCUCGGGGAAGACGGUCAAGUUCGUCCUGUAUGAGGUGCUGCAGUUUGCCGCCCUCAUCGUGCCGGUCUUUGUGGUUAUGCAGAGGUUUGCCAGCCUCAUACGUGAUGUGAAAGGACAGGAUCUAACGGCCUAUUGGCUUGUGGUGGCGGCCUCCAUCGCCUAUGUGACCUCUGCGACGCUGCUGGUGUGGGUUCCUCUGAAAUAUCUGACCCUGAAACGGCGGAGGUCCACCUCAGAGAUCACACAGUGGAGACCAACAGCGUUGGCGUACAUCAUCCUGUCCACAUUACCAUGCUUUGCUAUUUUAAUAGCCAGCUCCAAGGUGCAGGUGGACAGCGGACACAGGCUCGACCAUUUCACUGAGUUGCCCGUCUCCCUGGUGCUCGCCUCCCUCAUCUGUGCGGAUAUCAUCGAGAGGAUUCGCCCCUGCAGGCUCCUCGGGAAAUCAGACAGUCUGGAUCCUGACCUUGACAUGUCCGGCCCCGUCCUCACCCACCUGGAACGUGUGACCACGGUAACCGGCCAGCUGCACACUGAAGAAGGCCAGAACGGUUUGACCCAGGGCCACCCAGAGGCCGGGAACGGCAGCACCUCAGGCAGAUGGCAGGACCUCGCCAGCUCGCCCGGCCGCUCAGGGCUCAGCUCACGAGCAUCCAGCACCGCGUACCUGUACUCCUCAUCCUCACGGCCUCGGUCCUACUCCGGUCAUCUGGGCUUCCUGUGGAGGAGGGACGGGAGGGCGGAGGUGUUUGUGGAUAGCUUCAUGUUCUGGCUGGACACCGUGGAGAUGGUGAGAGUGGCGGGAGAGCCAUCGGUCUUCUACUCAGUCUGGGUGUUCCCCGUCUACAUCCUGGCCUUCCUGUCCACUCUCCGCCUGGCCAUCGCUCCCAACAACCCUCUGUUGUCUUCUGCUGGAUUUGCUCUGCAGGAUCUUCCUUUCUUUGUCAUUCGAGUGGCUCUGAUUGUUGUGUUUGGUUUCAUAACUCCUGUGUUGUACCCGCUGAAAAAUGUGCUGGUGAGCUUGACCUUCCUCUACUUUACAUUCCUGACCAGGCUGAGGAUUUUCAGGAGGCAGAGCAUGUUUUAA